GGGCCGCCCGGCCUGCAGCCAGGUGGCCGAGCGGGGCUGGCGUGCCCCCCGCCCGCGCCCCUACAACAGCUGCGCCGGCCCGAGGGCUGGGGAGCGGCCACUUGGAAGGAGGCAGGCAGCGCUCGACGGAUCGAUGCAAGCCAAACGAUGACCAGUUGUGGCCAGCAGCCCCUGAACGUGCUCGCCGUCCUCUCGUUGCUGAUUUCCGCAGUCUUGUCCGCGCAUUUCCGGGUCUGUGAGCCGUACACGGACCACAAAGGCCGCUACCACUUCGGCUUCCACUGCCCCCGGCUCUCGGACAACAAAACCUUCAUCCUCUGCUGUCACCAUAACAACACGGUUUUCAAAUACUGCUGCAACGAGACAGAGUUCCAGGCGGUGAUGCAGGCGAACCUCACGGCCGGCUCCGAGGGCUACAUGCACAACAACUACACCGCCUUGCUGGGCGUGUGGAUCUACGGCUUCUUCGUGUUGAUGCUGCUGGUUCUGGAUCUUUUGUAUUACUCGGCGAUGAACUACGACAUCUGCAAGGUUUACCUGGCGCGGUGGGGCAUCCACGGACGGUGGAUGAAACAGGACCCCCGGCGGUGGGGGAGCCCUGCCCGGGCCCCCCGGCCAGGGCAGCCAGCCCGGCAGCCGCAGCCUCCCCCGGGCCCCCUGCCGCAAGCCCCCCAGGCCGCACACACGCUGCGGAGAGACAGCCACAGCCCGCCGCUGAUGACCUUCCAGAGCUCGUCCGCCUGAAAACCGUUUUGCCGUGCCUCAGGAUGGGGGAGGUGAGACCCAAAGCACCUGGCUCAGCCUCCAAGAAGAACAACUUCAAGACGCCAGGGAGAGCCAAGACGGCCGUGGCGGUGGUGGAGGAGAAAAUGCUACCUGUGCCCGAACCCCCUUCCUUGGACUUCUAAGACUAGGAGCAAACAGCGGUGGGAGGCCAGGGUGCAAGAAGGGGCUUCUGAGCCACCCGUCUUCGAGCAAUAGUCCCACUUUGGGCUGGUGGCUUCUGAGAGGUGGCACCAUUGCGGACUCAGGAUGACCGACAUGGCUGCUCAGGCCAGGUCAAGCAGAAGGAUUCAGGCCUGUGCAUCCCACCCGUGGUUCCCUUCCCCUUGCUCCCUCCAGUCGUGGCCUGUGGGCCUAUCCGUGUCAGAAUUUUGAAUGUGAGUGUGCGUGAGUGUGUGUGCGUGUGUAUGAUUAGGGGUGUCUUUUUGUUCGAUUGGUUUUAUCGGGGUCCCCCAAGUUCUCUGGUGGGCCUGGGUCCCCUUGUGGUGGGAGUCCCGGCCAGCUCCUGCCGGCAGCUGUGAGCCAGAUGGAGUUGGCAAGCAUGGGGUGAAGCCCCACUGGGUGUGCUGUGCGGCACAUCCUCCUGGGGUGGUUGGGAUGCAGAAACGCCAGUGGGGAUGCGUUCAUAUGGAAGUUUUUCCCCAUCAUGACAGCGAUAAUGAGAGACACAUCUCAGGCCAUCUAUGGGGCAGGCAGUAGAUUGACUAUCUUCACACACACCCACUCUCAUCACUUGGGAAGUGAGUAGGAUGAACGCCCUGCAGAAAUGGCCUGGGUCUCAGCCAGGAGGAGACCAGUGCUCGGCUUGACCUCAGAGGUCUAAGAACCCAAAGUCAAAGCUCCCCAGCCCAGGGCCCCCAGUACAGUCCCUGGAACAUCUCCCCAGUGACUUCUCUGUGGAUGGGCCAUUGUCCCAAGCUUUCCACCACUGCUGCCCCAGGACCCUCUUACGGCACAUUCUGUUUAAGCACCUACUGUAUACCAGGCCCCUUGCUGGGCAGCAAUCUGGAAAGGAGAUGAGUCAGAGAGGCCUCCUCCUUGCCCCCAGAGGGAAGAAACAGACACACAGAUCUUUGCUGGACAGAGUGAUGAGCACUCUGGAAACUGAGGAAGGAAAGUUCUAGAAGCCCUUCCCAUUUAAGGCAAGACUUCCAUGCAAACCUGGAUGUUCAUAAUAUCUGUCCACUGAGCUCACCACCACUGCCAUCCACCCCACUGCCCCUGGGCGCACGCAUAGAAGAGCAUGAUCUGGGAAAUGAUCACAUAAAUCCCUGAAGGCCACCCUGGCAGCGUAGACACCCUCAUUCCACUGGUAUUAGCGAUGCCAGAAUCUCCCCCAGCAACCAGCUGGGUGGGUCCCUGCUCCUUUGCUCAAGUACCUUUACUCAGCUAGACCCAGUGUCUCCAAUGGACCCUCUAUCCAUCAGAUGUGGCAGAGAGCAGGCAGCCUCGUGGUACUGGUGUCCUAGCUGGGGGAGAGGACAGGGAAGAAAUGACCAGUGAAUAGGAAGGUAGUAAUAGCAGUGAGCCCUAAGCCAAGAAUUCAAUCAAAACCACGUUCAUGAGGGUCCUGUUAAGUUAGACCAGUCUGCGAAGGCCUUGCUGAGCAGAUUCAGCCCAGACCUGAGUGAUAAGCAAGAGCCAGCAUGGACAUUGAGGAUAGGAGAGCUUUCCAGGCAGAGGGAACAGCUAGUGCAAAGACCCCGAGGCAGCAAUUGGCUUGACAAUCUCAAGGAACCAAAAGAAAGUCAGGUUGGCAGGGAUGCAGAAGAAAGGUGGGAAGAGAGGCAAGUGAGAGCCCAGACACUGUGGUUCACUGAGAGACACCUGAAGCUGGGCGGACAUAACACCCACCCUCUGAUAAAGCAGAAGGACAUUUUAAGGGCAUCAAGCAUUCCGCAUCCAGCCUGGCUCAUCAGCCCCGUGGAGAAGGGACUCCUCCCAUUCCAUGGAUUAGGAUACUAAGACUCAGAUGUGUCAGGUGGCUGGCUCAAGGUCACAAGGGCAAGCUGAGGAAGACCCAGACCUAUGGCUUGAGUCUGAUCUCCUCAGACAGUGCUGCCAGAACCCAGGGAUACCGUUUGGUGUAGGACACACCAGACAGGAGAAUCUCUGUCUGGGGUCUUGCUUAGGGAUCGGCACUGCUUCCUUCACCCUGGAUGCUGAGUCAUCCCUGGACCUGCCCCAGAGACUUGUCCAAGCGGAGCAGCUGUUGCCACAGAGGGUUGCUCAGCAGCCAUUCGGCACAGCUGGAUCAGCCCACACCUGCAUCCCAUGGACAGAGCCCUGGGAGUCAGAGAAACCCCAGCCUGGGGGAGGGGGUUGGGCACAGGCCCAGACUCUGACAUCAGCUCUGUAGGAAGAUCAGGGUGACCUCGGGCAAGUCCUGUUCCUUCUCUACUGUCCGUUGCCCCAUCUCUAAAAGGAAGGGGUUGGCCCAGGUAUUUAAGGGGCUUGCAUCUCCAGCUUCCUGAGGUUCCAGGUGGAGCUCAUGCAGCUGUUCACACGGAGACCCUUCCUCUGCCAAGAGGGAGCUGGUGGCCCUGCCUGCCUGCCACGAACGCUGGGCCCAGGGCCACGGUCACGGAGACCAGCAAGGGCUACGGUCCCCUGAUUGUGUCGCCCAGCCGGAGAACUUGCAGGACGCUGCUCCUGGCCCCACAAAGGUCUCUCCAGAAGGGACUGAUGACCCCUUGGGUGUUUACGGUUGCAGCCGGUGAGGGAUCCGAACACUCUGUUGUAAGCAGGUGGCCCCUCACCAUGCAGCUCAGCAGCCAUCACAGACUUAGCGAAGCAACGGGGCAGCCUGGGAUGCAGAGGACAGAGCGUGGGGACCCACAGCCCUGCCCCUUCUCCACUGGGCAGUCUUGGGCAAGUCACUUCACCUCUCUGAGGUUCACCUGUCCAGUGUGUGGGGUGGGGGCCGUGGCUGGAGUGAUCAAGGGGUGAGGGCCAUGUGGGUGGUGUGAAUGCCCAUCUGAAAGGCAGGCAUGCAGUUCAGUCCCUCCCAGUGUCCAGAGGUCCUCAAAGCCCCCAGGAGAUGGGCCUGGCAAAAACCUGUCCCAUCCUACCAUGGCAGAUAGAUGUGCCAGUAAGUAGAAGACCCCUGAGAUGAUGCUCAGGGUAGUGACAGGUUCAAGUAGAGAUUUACAGACUUAGUGUUUUUUAGUGACUCCCAAACCUGUUUUUUCAAGCUGCCUACUUUUACUUUUUACUGUGAGCUUCUGGCUAUUACCACGUACUUUGCAAAAAUAACAACAACAAUAAUAAUAAUACCAUGGAAAGAAAAGCAAAAAAGAAGAGAAAGAAGAAUGGCAAUAUAUCCGCUGAGGAAUCUGUCCUUAACCCCUUGUAUUCAUAAGGACUUUUUCCCACUGGGAACUGUGUGUUAUCACGAGCAGUUUUAUGCUUUCCUUCUUGUCUGUGUUCAGUGUAAUAGUGCGUUUUGGAAUCUCUACGCAGAACCAAUACCUGGUAGCAUCUGUGGGUCUCUCUGCCCUUGCCUGAACCUCAGAGAUCCCCCUGCAGCUCGAGGAGCAGCCUGCUAUACAGGAGGGCCCGGGACUGCCAGAUGCCAGCCCAACAUCUGAUGCUGGCCGGGACCUAUAGGAAACAGGCCUUAAUUGAAAACACACACACACACACACACACACGUGCACACACACACACACACACACACAUGAAUCUGCAGGUAGAGCCUGUCUCUCUGAUGCUUUAUAGCGAAACAGCAGGUAGGCAGCUAGUGUUCCUGGGGUGGUGGCAUUUCCCUUCUUCAUCCAAAACCUCCAGGCAAGUUCAGCCCCCGGGCUGGAAAGGACUUGGGGGUAUCAGGGAAAACAUGACCAAGAGUGGGGUUGGCAGUCUUCUUAAGAAAAGCUUCCUGGCUCCCUUGAGGCCAUUCCACCGAGAUUAUGGGUGUGGCCAGAACUGGCACCAUCUCCCUGCACCCAGCAGAUGCCCAGACCCCUGCCCACACCAGGCUGGGGUCCCAGCCCUUGGCUAUCUCUCCAGACCACAAUCCCUGCUCAAGCCCUGUCUCCUGGCUCCUCUGACACCCCAUUUAGUGUGUCUACUGGAGGUCAUGCCAUGAAAGAAGACAAGUUUCCCAGAGUCUCAGGCUUUUAAAAAUUGUUUAUUGGUUUAUUUUCAUUUCUUCAGCUUGGCUGAUUGGCCCCCACCAGUAGGAGGAGUCUUGCCCUAGGUGGUCCUGAGAGGUGAAUUUGCAGAUUCGGCAGUGACCCCAGUUGACCCUACAGCCUCAAGCAGAGAUGCUGGCGGCAUUGCUUGUCAAUGUUGAGGGGCAGCCGUGUCAUUGCAGAGACAUCUGGGUGGGCCCCCUUCUCUGCGGCAACUUUGGGGGAGUAGUGUCUGCCUGUUCUCAGUGGCCUUCUGAAAGGUCAGCAGGGCAGCCACCCACCCAGUGACUGGAUGACACCCUGGUCACUGCCACCUGCAGCCCCAGAACUCACCACCAGGCUGGGGUGAUGUCCUGUCCCCUCUGGAAAAUCCACACCACACCGUGUGACUGAUUCUAAGCUGCCCAGCUCCUGCUGAGGGCAUAAACACAACACCAGAUGGUACUUAAGCGAUCGUAGGCAGCUUUGGGGCCCGUGGCCUGAAAACUCAAGAGUUGAGUUAAGCAGUCAGGUGAGACAGAAGAUUCUAGAAAAUCCAUUUUGCUCAUACAUGCAUUCAUUCAUCUGUUCAACAAAAACUUACCCAGCGCCCCUCUGGGAACAUUUCCUGCUGCAGAUGGAGAAGUCGGGGGAACCCGCUGUGUCCGAGGGAGAGGCUGACGUGCUGUGCCUGAUGGUUAGGAAUGCUCAAAUCCACAGGGAGAAUAAGUGACCUUGGAGGUGACAUUGUUUCCCCCCCUUUGCCCCGCCUCCAAGCCUCCAGUCCAAGAUGCCGCCAGAUAGUUGGUGCUAGAUAGAUGCUUGGCGAGUCAGCGGCUUUGACUUUCAGUUACACUGUACCUAAAACUCCUAUCUUCCCAUCAAAGCCUGACCCAUGUGCCCUUGACAGACGGAAAUUCAGGGCUGCUGCAGUGCCCGCCUCCAGGGGGCCCCAUUUCUAUAAACGGCGCUGUGAACAGCCGCCCCUGGGUUGGUGUAGUGAGCUGCCCUGUGAAUUGCCCUAAACUGCUUUCUGAAAUGUGCAGGAUCCCAUCGAAGCCAGAGAACCCCCUGGAGGGUCACCACGCAUGUGACCAAAAGUUGCAGAUACCGUGGCCUCUGCGGGCAUCCGGCGUGGCCACAACUGGACCCAAACUGGUGACCCCGAGAGAAUCUCUUCUUGGAACCUCACCUCAGGUUCUCACUUCAGUUCCUUCCUGUCUCUUCCCCAUCUUCUGGGUUAAAGCUAGUGGGCUAUGUCACGGUCAGCUAACCAGUUAAGAGUCUAGGUGAUGGGCAGUAACUAAGAGGGGACUGCGAGGGUGAGGGGCCCAGUCCCCCUGACCAGGCGGGACCCCCUUCCCCCCAGCUAGACAAGGGCACAGACAGACUGGUCUCUCUCCUGUAAACCCCCGUUUCACAUGCACAGGCAUGGGGUCUCUCUGAGAGUUGAUAACCGGGAAAACCAAAAACCAAUAAUAUUCCUAAUAAUAAUAAAAUAUAAUGUAAUAACAAUAAUGUGUUUUACACGGACCGCUGUUGCACUGCUUUUGUCUUUAUAUACAGUAGUUUUUAUAAAGAUGUCCUUAGGUUUUAAUAAAGGAGU